AUGGAGCAUGGUCGCUAUCCGACGUUUGUCCUGGAUGGGCCUGACGAUUUUCUCUUGGAGGAGUUGCUGAAGCACUUGACGCUCGAGAGCGACGACCAUUCUCUGAGCCUAGCGGGAUCACCAGAGUUCGAGACACGAGACGACUUUUUGGCUGACGUGAAUGCUACGUGCCAGCUAAUCCGGCAGAGGAAUUCCCAUUUCCACGAAUUGUUGGUCUUCAGAGAUACCUCGAAUCAUGUCCAGGCCGGGAAUGUAUCCGAUACCGGUACCAAAGCCAGACCUAGCUUUGUGGCAGGUCUUGAAGGACAUUGGGGUAAAAACGAGGAGGACCAGAGACAGGAUGCUCGCACAUACCUUGACCUCCUGCUUGAUGCACGACCCGAUUUCAAGGCCGCCUUUGGCCUGUUGGUGGGCGAGAAACAUCUGCAGCUGUUGGUUGGACAAACAGGUUCAAGGAUCUACGAAUUCUCGUUUGCUUGGGGCACCCAGACGCUGAAGCGGGCGAUGCUCGCGAUGGUGUACCGACUCUAUGACCCUGGCCAGUGGGCGCAUCCCGACAUCGAAAUGGUCUAUCAGCCAGCUUCGGGUGACAGCAUACCGACGUGUGUCUACGACCUCACUUUUCAGCCAACGGAUUCCGAACCACAGGUGGUGUGUCGCGACUUCAUCUGUCGAUAUGGCGCCAACUCCUUCGGUACUCGGACGGACGUGUUUCAUGGUGGCCCCGAUCCUCCCGUUGUCGACGGUCACAGACUCAGAGUGGUCAAGAUACAACUCUGCCAUAAAUCUCGUUUCGACGAAAUCGAGGUGCUCAGACAUGUCAAAGGAGUCCCGGGGGUGGUCGAUAUGCUCCGGUCUCGAGCCCUGACACAUCUGUUUGGAGGUAGGGAAGAAGUAUGGAUCGGGAUGGGUCAGGAGGGCGCGCCGUUUAUGUCGAUUGAGACCCCUCGGGAGAUGCUCAUGGUGGCCUACGACGCGCUGGAAAUCACCCGAAUUCUGAAUGCCGAGCGCCGCGUUCUCCAUCGCGACAUUAGCACGGGGAACGUCAUGUACCUUCGGCGACCAAGGGUUGCAGAGCGGCGGACACAACGAGACGAAACCCCAGAUGAACGGCAGGCUGGAGAGGGCGGGGAAAAGGAUGAGACCGGAGAGCAGAACAAGAACAAGCACCGUUACUGCUUCGUAAGACGUCUGCUUGGCAAGAGCGACGACCCCAAGGAAACAUCGACGCUGCUAAUCGAUUUCAAUCACAGUGAAGUCUUGAGCUUACCUCGUAAGCCUGUUCGAGGAGAACGAACGGGAACUCCUGGGUUCAUGGCCAGGGCUGUCCACCGAGGAGAGCCACUCCAUCUUGAUCCCCGCUUUACUUUUGAAUUUAUAGCCAUCCCAAAUCCCCCAGAGACAUACAAGAACCUGUUUCCAGGACGCCUCGCCCGGUUCAGCCUUUGCGACACGAAGGAGAUCUUCGAGGCAGACGAAAAGGGAAACCCCCCGCACGACGUCGCCCCCUGGAGACACCAGCUAUAUCAUGACGCUGAAUCAAUCUUUUGGCUUGUCCACUACUGGGCGCUGAUGGCUAUGCCGUCGACCAAUGCCUAUCCAAAACGCUCAAUGAGGGAUGAAGAUAUAUGCAUCCCCAACGACGUCUGGACGGGGCUGCUUACGGCUCGGAAAAGGCUCCCUGAUGACCGAUCUGUGUUCCACCCGAGCUAUCGUGAUCUUUUCCCUCUUCUCACGGACAUGUCAUAUCACUUGGAAACUGACCCACAUUGGCUCCCGCAAAGCUCACCCCGAGCCCAGCCCGACUACAUCCACGAAUGUUUCCAGCGGCUCAUCCUUUCAUUCCUCCAAAACAAUUGGGACCAACCGUUCAUGAGCCUGAAGAAAUCCGUCAACCCUCGGAGCGUCUAUAAUACGUCUUUGAUUCCAUCCCGGUCAUCUAGGCUGUUGUCAUCAGCCCCAGCUCAACCUGGAACACCGCUAAAGCGGAGUUAUGGAUCGACAUUUAGUGUUGACUUCCGAACCCUCGGAACCGAAGCGCUAUCUCCUCCUCGAUCGCCAGUUAUGGGGAGCCCUCGGUCGACGUUCACUAUUGCGCCUGGGCCUUCUGAACCGUCUGGUGAAACCUUCACCGAGUCUACCCCGAUCCGGCCAGACGUGCCCCUCCCUCAGGAUAAAGGGGACGAUCCCUUCGUUCAGACAUGA